GUCCAUGGAUUGCCAUUUCCUCGAGAGCUGGAGAAGCACAAAAACCUCAUUGUUAACAGGGCCACCCAAAUGCUGCACACCGCCAUGACUGGACAGAACAGAACUGAGAGGACUGUGAUCACGCGUCUCAGUGCAGGCCCGCUACUGACCAAAGUUGUUGAUUUGAUGGAGAGUGUCACCAAGGAGAUUGGGAACACCCCCAAACUGUGCCUCUUCUCCACCCAUGAUUCCACCAUGACUGGUGUACUGGAAGCACUGGGUAUCUGGAAAGAUGAAUGGCCACCCUUUGCUGCCAACAUGCGGAUUGAACUCUACAAAGAUAUGAACAGUCCUGAGUAUUAUGUCCGCAUUUUAUAUUGUGGGGAGGUGCAGAGGAUCAGCAGCCAGAAGGAAGACUUCAUGCACUGGAAUGACUUCCGCAACAGCAUCAAGAGGUUUAUGAUUCGGGAAGCAGAAUACUGGGACAUUUGCUCCUCAGAUAUCCUGGAGAAGCUUGCAAAACAAUUUCUAAUGGGACAACAUUAUCUGUUACAAAAUACUCUAGGUGAAUUAAAGACACUGAUGAUCAGUGAUUUGACAGAGAUUUGGUGCUUUGUAUACUUUUUUUUUAAAAAUUGA